AUUUUGGUUAGAAUUAAUAUCAAAAUGUGAUGUGAUUCGUUGUAAAAGUAAAAUGAUGAGUUGAAUUUGGUUGGUUCCUCAGUGAGUUAGCCUAAACCACUCCAACCCAAACCCGAACGCGAAUAAGACCAGGUUCCAUUCCAAUCCAUCUACAUAAAACUCCAUUUCAUAUAGCUUGAGUUCGAUUAUCGGGUAUUGUUAGGGUUUUGUCUUCCUCUCAACUCUGAAACUUAACCAACUCAAAUACCAACAAUGACUGCUCAAUCCCAAGAAGAACUCCUCGCUGCUCAUCUCGAACAAGAAAAGCUCAACCCUGAUGAGCCUGUGGUUGAGGAUGAAGAUGACGACGAUGAUGAUGAGGAGGAUGAAGAUGAUGACAAGGAUGAAGAGGAUGCUGAAGGGAAAGGAGAUGGAAGUGGUCGAUCAAAGCAGAGCAGGAGUGAAAAGAAGUCUCGCAAGGCAAUGUUGAAACUUGGGAUGAAGCCAGUAACAGGAGUUAGUCGUGUAACAGUGAAAAAGAGCAAAAACAUUCUGUUUGUUAUCUCAAAACCUGAUGUUUUUAAGAGCCCCACAUCAGAGACAUACAUUAUAUUUGGUGAAGCAAAGAUUGAGGAUCUGAGUUCGCAACUGCAGACUCAGGCUGCAGAACAAUUCAAGGCUCCGCCACCUAAUUUGAAUAAUGUUGCUUCAAAGCCUGAGUCAUCAGCCAUGGCUCAAGAUGAUGAAGAAGUAGAUGAGACUGGUGUGGAGCCGAAGGACAUUGAGUUGGUGAUGACACAAGCAGGGGUGUCAAGAUCAAGGGCUGUUAAAGCACUCAAAGUUGCAAAUGGCGACAUUGUUUCUGCCAUUAUGGAGCUAACAAACUGAUUUGUCUCAUUAUUAGUGAAUGUUUUUCAUCUGAGUGGUCGCUCCAGGAUUUUUUUUUUUUUUUUUUUUUUUUUCAUUUUCCGCUGUACCCUUGUGAAUGGGUUACAGAUUUUAUUUUUAUUGUUGUAUUUGUAUUUUGCUCUUGCGCCCGUGACUCAGCACUAAACAGCAGUAGUCAGUUUUGGUUGUUACAUAACUGUUCCUGGAAGUAGUAGCUUAGUGCAUAUUUACCCACUUCAAAGGUGGUUAGAAUAUUAUAAUGGGGAAAUUGUUUGUAGUUUUAAGAGUAAGCUGAAUAAGGAUGUGAAUCAUGUGAUUGAUAAGAGGAAUGUUAUAUAUCAUUAGUUUUAUA